AUGGUUCCUUUGGUACAGGACGAAGACGGAGCCAUGCCACUGGUUGGUUGUCUCUUUGGAUCGAGAGGAGAUGUUUCCUUUUUGUCUACUGGUGGUAGGGGAACCACCAGAUCGGAUGUUGAGAUCAGAUCAGCUCUCAGUUCCAUCUUGAACGAAGCUUUGGAAUUGAUUGACAUUACCUUGUUUGAUGACGAAGAAGAUGAGCAGGAUGAUGCAUUUGCUGGUAUGCUUUUGCCUGCGAAUGAGGACAGAGCAAAGAAACCCACUACGCAAAAGCCUGGACCAACCAAUCAGUAA